GUGACAAGUAUUCAAAUCUGACAACAGGAAGGUGUAUCAUCGACAGAGACUAGGUUGUUGGACCAAUCAGAAUGCCUAUGCCUUUUCAAAUCCGGAGCUCCAAGUUUCGUCAUGUUUUUGGACGAGGACACCGCAAAGAACAGUGUUAUGAGAAUAUUAAAAUCACACGUAAUGCCCAUGACAGUAACUUCUGUGCCGUUAACCCCAAGUUUCUGGCUGUGGUGGUCGAGUCGUCUGGUGGUGGAUCAUUCUUAUGUCUGCCUUUACAUCAGACUGGAAGAGUUGAUGUCAAUGCACCACGGAUCUGCGGGCAUGCUGGGAAGGUGUUGGAUAUAAAAUGGAGUCCCUUCAGCGAUUAUAUGAUAGCUUCGUGCUCUGAUGAUAAUACAGUAAAAUUGUGGCAAGUACCACAAGAUGGGCUCAAAGGAAACCUGAAUGAAUGGGUAGUGGAUCUACAUGGGCACAGUCGUCGAGUUACCUACAUCGAUUGGCAUCCUACCGCGGAAAAUAUUCUUCUCAGUACAGGGAUGGACUUUAAGUGUAUAUUAUGGAACACCGAGCAAGCAGAACCUGUCAGCAUAUUAGAUUGUCACCAGGACACUGUGUUCUCCAUGGCCUGGAACCGCGAUGGCAGUCUGAUUGCCACCACCUGUAAAGAUCGUAACCUACGUAUCAUUGAUCCCAGACUCGGGUCUGUAGCUAUGGAUACACAAGGACACGUAGGAAACAAGGCAUCUAAAGUGGUCUUUGUCAGCGACCAAAACAAACUCGUCACUACUGGCUUUAACAGGAUGUCUGCACGCCAGCUGGCAUUGUGGGAUAUUAAAAAUUUUCGGAAGCCACUGAACCUAAUUGAGACAGACAGUUCAAGUGGUAUUGUUCUGCCUUUCUAUGACUAUGAUUCCAGAGUUGUGUAUGUCGCUGGAAAGGGGGAUGGAAACAUUCGUUAUUUUGAGAUCACAGAUGACUCCACAGCGAUUCACUUUCUGAACCAGUUUCAGUCCCCAUUUCCACAGAGAGGUUUUGGUGUGAUGCCAAAGCGAGGCUGUGAUACGAGUAAAUGUGAAGUGAUGAGGUUUUACAAACUUUUAGCUGCCAAAGACACCAUAGAACCCAUAUCAAUGAUCGUCCCUCGGAAGUCGGAUAAAUUCCAUGAUGACAUUUUCCCUCCGACAGCGAGUAUGAUUCCAUCAUUGUCGGCUGAUGAGUGGAUUUCUGGACAGAAUCGAGAGCCAAUACUAAUAUCUCUCCUGGAUGGUAGUGUAACAAACUCCCCAAAGUGCACAUCGGCAAAUGCUGUUCAGAAACAGGAUGGUUCGCUAGCCCAGACGCCUACAAUAACAACCUACAAAGCAUUGAGUCCUCCUCAUCUUGAUCGCCCUGUACCAUUCCCAACAACAGCCCCUAGUCAGACGGGAAAGCAGACAGGUCAAAUACAGCAGCAACGCACAGAACCAGCUUCACUUAAGAACAUUAAAAGACUCAGUUCUAAUGAGGACUAUGUGUCAUUGAGUGAUGUUAGUUUAGAUAAGAAAGUGAAGCCGUUAGAGUUGAACAAGUCACAUUCCGAUGACCAGAGUCCUGUCUCUAGGACAGCGCUAAAGAAAGUGUGGACACCAACGUCUCCUGCAAAGAAAGAUCCCUCAUCUAAUGGAUUUAUUGGACCUGAUAACAGCAGUGAUAAAGUACACAUCAAGAAGGUAUGGGCUUCCUCUCCCAGCCCUAACACUUUACCCACAAUGCACCUGUGGCAGGAAGUGUCAUUGAAUGAAUCUGAGAUUGAAAGUGAUUAG